AUGCAAGCGACCCUGGAACGGUACCUAUCCAUCCAGAAAUAUCCAUGCAGUCUGAUAAAUAGUCUGGAGUUCUCAUCUUCAAGGGCUGUUCUUGAAGCAAAAGCAAAACAACUACGAAUGAAUGGUUACGGCAAGAGAAAGAAUCGCGCCCUGCCUUACAACUCUGCCGAAGAAGAGUCCUUCUGGUCAAGUGGUCUGUUAAGCGACCACGAUGGAGUGGCUCUCACAAACCUUAACUUCAAAAAUUUGUCCAAGCACUUCGGAUUUCGUGGCCGUCAAGACCAUUACGACGCUUAUGUACAAGAUUUUGAAGUUGCGUGGAUCCAGAUCCAGGGAGGAGAAUUGGCAAAGUGCGUGCGUUUCAAUAAAAAUCCAACAAAGACCCGUUCCGGUGGCCUUUCAGCAAAACACAGAGAAACUCCUCAAGAGAUGUGGGCCACAGACGGUGGACUAAGAGAUCCGGUCCGGCUUUUUGAAGAAUUUCUGAGAAGGCGCCCAUUAGAAAUUCGAACCUCUGGGCCUUUGUACUUGGCAAUAAUACAGCGUCCGAAAACCGAAGAUUGGUAUGCCAAGUCCAGGAUGGGCGAACACAAACUUGGCAGCAUUAUGAAGACCCUAGCACAGACGAUCAGCAUUGAUGGAAAGAAGAUUUCAAAUCAUUCCACCAGAAAAGCAGUUGUCGCCAAAUUGAAGAAAGCCGGACAACCAAGGCACAAAAUGAUUCAAAUCACGGGCCAUGCAAACGAAACCUCGCUCGAUGACUACGACGAA